AUGGCACAUGAUGCAGAGCCUCUAGCAGAAACCUCCGUGGUCAAGUUCAAGAACCAGGACUUUAGAUCCUUACGGGAUCAUUGCCUGAGAAGGCGGCAGCUAUUUAUAGAUGAUACAUUCCCUGCCGAGGCAUCUUCCAUAGGCCAGAAGCUGCUCAAGGGAAAGCGCCUUUCGAAAUUGGAGUGGAAACGACCUCAGGAUUUGUCCUUCGGCCCCCCUCACUUCAUCCUGGAAGGUGCAAGCAGAUUUGACAUCCAACAAGGAAAAGCAGGAGACUGCUGGUUCCUGGCAGCACUGGGCUCCCUGACCCAGAACCCACAGUGUCUGCAGAAGAUCCUGAUGGACCAAAGCUAUUCGCACCAGUAUGCUGGGAUUUUCCAGUUCCGGUUCUGGCAGUGUGGCCAGUGGGUGGAGGUAGUGAUCGAUGACCGCUUGCCUGUCAUGGACGACAGCUUCCUCUUUGUGCAUCCUCGAAGAGGCAACCAGGAAUUUUGGCCCUGCCUGAUGGAGAAAGCCUAUGCCAAGCUGCUUGGCUCCUAUUCCCAAUUACACUAUGGCUACCUUCCUGAUGCCCUGGUGGACCUCACAGGGGGAGUGGUCACCACCAUCAACCUCCACUCCUCUCCAUCUGACCUACUGAUGGCAGUGAAGACCGCAGUCCAGGCAGGCUCAAUGGUGACCUGUGCCACCCCAAAGGGGCUGACAGAAGAGGCUGAAGUGAUGAAGAAUGGACUGGUGAGCCAGCAUGCAUACACAGUGACUGGAGCUGCACAGAUUCAGUACCGGAGAGGCUGGGAAGAAAUCAUCCGCCUUUGGAAUCCCUGGGGCAACACAGAAUGGAGAGGCCGCUGGAGAGAUGGGUCUCAGGAGUGGAAGGAAACCCAGGACCCACGGAAAAGCCAGCUGUAUGGGAAUAAGGAAGAUGGCGAGUUUUGGAUGUCCUGUCGAGAUUUCCAGGAGAACUUCUCAUGCCUGUUCAUGUGUAACCAGAUCCCAAUCACCACGGAUCACGGAGUCACGCCCAAUGAGAGCUGGCGACAAAUGAGGUUUAAGAACCAAGUGAUCGCAGGAAACACAGCAGGUGCUCCCAGGAGGAAUGUGCAGUACCUCUUUGAUGUUCAAGAGCCCACUGAUGGUAACAAUGUUGUUGUGGCUUUCACAAUCAUGCCACAAAGCCUGAAGACAGAAGAGGAGAUAUUUCCUUUACACUUCCAGGUGUACAAGGUAAGCAGUUUCCAGAAGUUCCGGGAAAGAUUGCCUCCUGCAUUUUUCUCCCCAUUUAGAAAUUCUGCCCAGGGCAUAGACUAUGUGUCCAAGUACAACUUCACAAGGUCCUUCCACCUGAGUCCUGGGACCUAUGUAGUGGUUCCCUCAGCACAUGGAAAAGAAGUGGAAUUCCUACUCCGAAUAUUCCUCAAAAUGCCAGACAAGGACAGGGAUCCAAGCAGCAAUUUCAACCUCAGAUUGGAGGGAUUUGUUCCUCGGUUCUCGAUUCCCAUCUCACAAUCCAUUUUUCUCCUGCCUUUGGACCAGGGGCUGGACAUUGAUGCCACCCAACUUCAGAGCCUUCUCAACCAGGAGUUCCUAACAGGACCUCCAGGGGACACUUUCUCCUUGGACCAGUGCCAAAGCAUCAUGGCUCUGAUGGAUCUGAAAGUGAAUGGGCAGCUGGAUCAGGAGGAGUUUGCAAGACUCCGGAGUCGCCUCAUCCACUGCCAGCGUGUUUUCCAGAACAUCCAGAGGAGCCCUGGAGUUCUCCACAGCUCAGACUUAUGGAAGGUCAUAGAGAGUACAGACUUCCUUUCAGGAGUCUUCAUCACCAAGGAGCUGCUGAGUCUCAUGACACUCAGGUACAGCAAUAGCUCUGGCCUGGUCAGCUUCCCCAGUCUUGUCUGCUUCCUGAUACGGCUGGAAACCAUGGCAAAGGCAUUCCGCAACCUCUCCAAGGAUGGCAAAGGCAUCUACCUGACAGAAAUGGAGUGGAUGAACCUGGUCAUGUACAGCUGAGGGGAGAAGGCCAGUAGAGCCCUCUGGACCAGGACAUGCUCCUGGUGGUGACUCAAGGAAGCAGCUUUCUCCAUGGAGCUGUGCAAACCCCUAUGGCAUGUCCGCAGCUAAACCUGGUAUUUGAAAUGAUGCCUGCGAAGGGCCUGGGUUGAGGUCCUAGCUGAGGCAGACGCUGGUAAACCCAAGGUCACCAGAACCCUUUCUGAC